AUGUCGAGCAGAUGUUAUACUUACUUCUCCAAACGCACACCUGCGGCUCCCAAUUCUCAAAGCACAAAAAAAGAGACCUCGAUAGAUGUCGAAUCAGACGCAAGAGAUGGUCCGAAGCAACGCCUGAAUGCUCUGAACGUACCACCUUAUUCUGACAGACUUCCAGGUUCCUCGGCCCUUGUACAUACUCUAACCGAGACGAAACGCCAGAUUGGUGUGAUCAGCGCUUUUUUCCUCAUCUUUAACCGCAUGGUUGGAACCGGUAUUUUUGCAACCCCAAGUACGAUAUUCUCCCUUUCCGGCAGCGUCGGUCUUAGCCUAUUCAUCUGGGUCGCCGGCAUGAUAAUCGCCAUGUGUGGUAUGGCUGUAUAUCUGGAAUUUGGUACGGCCAUCCCAAAGAACGGAGGCGAGAAGAACUACUUGGAGUUUGUCUACCGACAUCCCAAAUACCUCGCCACUGGAUUUUACACGGGAUAUGUUAUCCUCCUUGGUUGGGCCGGGUCUAACUCGGUCAUUUUCGGAGAGUACAUUCUUCACGCUGCUGAAGUCGAAGUCAACAGGUGGAAUCAGCGAGGAGUUGGGCUGGCCUGCAUCACUACCGCAUUUCUCAUUCAUGGAUGUGCUCUGAAAUGGGGGUUGAGAUUGCAAAAUCUCCUCGGCAUUAUCAAGCUGAUCAUUGUGCUACUCAUUGUGGUCUCCGGCUGGGCCGCGCUUGGUGGUGCCCUUAAGGUGCCGGAGCCCCAUAACUUUGAGAAUGCAUUUGAAGGAACGACUGGCAGCGCAUACGGCGUUGUCACAGCCUUGUACAAUGUGAUUUGGAGCUAUAUCGGCUACAGCAAUGCCAACUACGCUCUGAGUGAAACGAAGAAUCCAGUCCGCACCCUCAAGAUUGCGGCACCAGCUGCCAUUAUAUUUGUGUCCAUCGUUUACAUGCUGGUCAACAUUGCUUACUUUGCCGCCGUUCCUAAAGAAGAGAUCGUAUCUUCUGGCCGUAUUCUUGCGGCAUCCUUCUUUCGCAAUGUCUUUGGAAAAAGCGCUGAGCGGGCACUUUCCGUCUUUGUCGCACUAUCCGCCUUCGGGAAUGUCCUGAGUGUGAUCUUUUCUCAAGGUCGUUUGGUCCAAGAACUCGGGCGAGAGGGAAUUCUUCCCUUUUCUCGCGUGUGGGCAAGCAACAAACCGUUUAAUGCGCCCCUCGCGGGUCUAUUCGAGCACUGGUGUGUUUCGGUGAUAAUCAUGCUUGCGCCGCCUCCAGGCGAUGCGUACAAUUUCAUCCUGAACGUCAUUUCAUAUCCCCUGUCCAUCGUCAAUGCUUUUGUGGCGGCUGGACUUUUAUAUCUCUAUGUCAACCCACACCGUUGGGAAUGGUCGCCACCCAUCCACGCAACGUGGCCGGUGACUCUCCUUUUCCUCCUAAGCAACUUGUACCUCAUUGCAGCUCCGUUUGUGCCUCCCAGCAAAGGGCAAAACGUGUACAAAGAUCUCCCAUACUACCUGCACUGUGUGGUGGGCAUGGGAAUCAUUGCUGCUGGAGGAGUCUAUUGGCUUAUCUGGGCUAUCCUGUUGCCGCGACUUGGGAACUAUGAGCUCGUGAGAGAAGUCGAGAUCAGUCCGUUGGAUGGGUGGGAGAGGAGUGUGUUUUCAAGACGUAAGAGUGCCCGCGAUGAAAAGUCAAGGCGCAGUACGAGCCCGGCCACAUCCUAA